AUGGACUUCCAAAUACUCUAUGUGGCCUACAUCAGAGCGCUCCUGGAAUACGCCAACCAAGUUGUCCACUCAGAAUGCACGAAAGGCGUCAUCUCCAUUGAGCGUGUCCAGCGAUCCGCUACGAGGAUGUUCGUCGGCCUGAAAUCCGAGGCCUACGAAACGCGUCUCGCGAUGCUCUAUCUCUUCCCCAUGGAGUACCGUCACCUCCGAGGGGACCUAAUUCGUACUUGCGCCCUGUUUGAACAAAGCUUGGUAAACAGUUCUGUUGUGAACGAGGCCACAUUACCAACUCCAGCGACACCGGACCAACCGGACACCGAAGAACUGGACCCUCCGAAACCGCUGCCUUUGGGGGCGUGUCUCUUCUGUGAUCGUCAGCUUACGGCAGAUAUGCAAAACACUUGUGAAAGUGGGCGAAAUGAAUCACUAGCUCGACGUCUAUUGGACCACAUGUCAGAUGCACACCAUUUUGUCAUCCCCUAUCCGGAAAACUUAAUCGACCCCGCUGGACUGUUAACCGAACUUGGGCGUAUUGUGGGCGAAGAGCGGGCCUGUUUGGCUUGUGGGCGGCAAUUUUAUGGCCGCAGAUUCCACUCUUCUUCCAGUCAAAAGCCCAAUAGUCAUGUGGCUCUGAACGCCGUUCGCCAACACAUGCUCGAUAAGCCUGGUCAUAUGCGUUUAUGGUGCGGGGAGGACGAUCCGUUGCAGGUCGCCCUGACUAUUGCAAAAGCUGAGGAAGCGGGAGAAACUUCCCCUCCACCAGCUGCACUAGCCGGUGGCGAAUUGUUCAGUCGCUUCUAUGAUCAGUCGGUCGUUGCCCCCUCCUUCGUCUUGCCAGAUACAGAGGACGGGGUCUAUGAAGUUCGCUUGCCUUCUGGAACAGUCCUGGGCCACAGAAAUCUGGCCUCCGUUUAUCGACAACACUUGCCACCCACACCAACCGAUGUCACAUUAGUUAAUCAGCAUGCCCUACCAAGCUCGCGUGGUACACAUGUUUCAAGGGCACUGGUCCCGUCACACAUUGGUCCCUUGUGCGUGCGCCCACAGUUGCAUCUUCCCGUAAAGGCACGUGCAGAUGAACGUCAUUUCGAAGCAUCUAGACGAGCUUGGGAACUAUCAACGGGGAUACAAGGGAACCUCGUACUUCGGGCACACUUGCGGAGACAGUACUGAGUUUUCUUACCGUGCCAACGCGCCAGUCUCCUGUUGUGAUGUUGUACAAAUGACCCCAUCCUCGACUUCUGGUUAUUGUUGGCUUCCGAGUCUGAUUUCAUGAUUUGGACAGACGCACCAACCAGAUAUUUUUGUCUAAUGAGAAUUCCGU